AUGUUGUUCCCUUGCUACCUAUAAAUCCCCCUUUAUUCCUCCAUCUUGCCACUUAAUUACGUAAUAUAAUUAUAUAGUACACCUCUAGCUAGCUAAUUGUAUAAUUUUAAAGAAGUCUGAUCUGGUGGCAUGAGCUCUUAGCUAGCUGGCUUCAAUUCAUAAUGAAUGUCUGGAAGAAGAUUACCUGCCUAUUCCUGGUUUUUGUGACAUCCAUGCUUGUUUCACUCUUUGUUAUUAAGGCCAUUUAUGAUGCUUGGGAUAAAGUGAAUGAAGAAGGCGCCAUUCAAGAAGUUGGAAAAGUAAAACUCAUCAUUCCCAAUGGAAGUUUCAUUCCCACUCUUUCUAGGAAGUUGUUACUCCUACAUGAUUACAAUGGUACCAAAAACACUGGCUUGGGUAAAAGGUUUGGAUCAAACUCCACUUCGGGUCCGGGUUGGGGUUUAGGGUCAAAGUCAACGAAUAGAAUGGAUGAGGGAGCAUGCGGCUGCUCGGACGAUGAUAUAGAAGUUGACCAGCGUCAAACUGCGCCAAUGCCCAAUGGCAUUCCAACCUACACGGUGGUGAUAGAGAACCUCUGUGACGACGAAAGCUGCAGCAUUUCGAACAUCCACCUCCACUGCGGGUGGUUCAGCUCCGCCCGGCUGAUCGACCCGUCCGUCUUCCGCCGUGUCGGAUAUGAUGACUGCCUCCUCAACGACGGCGCGCCUCUCCCCUCCGGAGGUUGGAUCUCUUUCAUGUAUGCUAAUACUUACCCCUACCCGCUCGAGGUGGCAUCUGCGUCCAUUUAGAGUAGAAUGGUGGACUUUCUACCCCUCCUGGCUAAGUUAACCAUCUUUAAUUCCUUGGUGAAUAUGUAUGUUAUUGACUUAUUGACCAUAUGUACAAUGCAUAACUUACAAGUAG